GUGUCAGCCUGGCGCGGACAAUCCCAGGGAGGUGCCAGGCACGGAACUGGGGACAAUAGGGCCCGCUCGCCCCGGGUUCGCGCCAGGGCAACGCUCCCGAGGGCCGGAGCCGGGGGCGGGGAGGAGGAUGUAGGUGACGGAGGCUCCGCCCUGCUCGGGGCCGGUCUCCCCGGCGGAGGAGCCUGCGUUCGGCAUUGUGACGCUGGCGGGGCUGGAACACCUGGGGCGGCAGCAGCUCAGCAGGCCCCGGCGCGGGCUGUGGGGGGCGCCCCGGCGAAGAGGGGCCGCGCGGGGAGCGGGGCGCGCAGAGCCCUCUGCGUCCAGCACGGGGCGGCCGCGCCCUCCGCAUCCCCGGACAAGUUCUAAGUGUCUGAAGAAAAUAAAGAAACAUGGAUGGCCAUAAGUACAGUUAUUCAAGGGAAUUUUAUGACCAGUAUGCUCAAAGCCAGGAAAAAUCUGUGGUCAAUAAAAUGCAGCAGAAAUAUUGGAAAACAAAACAAACCCUUAUUAAAGUCACAGGAAAGAAGGAAGAUGAACAUGUUGUGGCUUCAGAUGCAGACCUGGAUGCAAAACUAGAGCUGUUCCACUCGAUUCAGAGAACAUGUAUGGAGUUGCUUAAAGCAAUUGAACUCUAUCAAAAAAGAAUUUGUUUUUUGUCUCAGGAAGAAAAUGAAUUGGGGAAAUUUCUUCGAUCACAGGGUUCUCAGGAUAAAACCAGAGCAGGAAAAAUGAUGCAGGCCACAGGAAAGGCCCUCUGCUUUUCUUCUCAGCAAAGGUUGGCAUUACGUACUCCUUUGUGCAGACUAUACCAAGAAGUGGAGACUUUUAGAUAUAGGGCUAUAUCAGAUACAUGGCUGACUGUAAACCGAAUGGAACAGUAUCGGACUGAAUACCGAGGAGCACUACUUUGGAUGAAAGAUGUCUCUCAAGAGCUGGAUCCGGAUCUUUACAAGCAGAUGGAGAAGUUUAGGAAGGUUCAAGCACAAGUACGUCAUGCAAAACUAAAUUUUGACAAAUUGAAGACUGAUGUGUGUCAGAAAGUGGAUCUUCUUGGAGCGAGUAGAUGUAACCUCCUGUCUCAUGUUUUAACAACAUAUCAGACAACGCUGCUUCAUUUUUGGGAAAAAACCUCACACACCAUGGCAGCUAUCCAUGAAAGUUUCAAAGGUUAUCAGCCAUACGAAUUCACUAUGUUAAAGAGCUUACAAGAUCCUGUAAAUAAAUUAACCGAGAGAGCUGAAAAGGAGGAGGAUUUGCAGACUGCAAGCACCAAAUCAGUGGAGGAUCAGCAGAGUCAGUUGAUUUCACUAGAUGAGGAAAACCACAGCAAGGAACUGACCUAUUCAGCUGAAGAUGGGAAGGACAUCCUUUCUACCUUAGGAGGAAGCUUUGACUAUAAAGAGAAUUCAGGUGCCAUAGAUGAUUUAUUAGACCUGAAACCUGAAGAAAGUGCUUUGAAAGACCAUCUUGCAAACUCCCUGGAGCCUGAGUCUGGUGAUAAGGAUGAUAUGGUAUUGUUGAAUGAGAUCCUCAAUGCUUCCUCGUUGGAUGAGGGGGAAUUCAGCAAAGAGUGGACAGCUGUCUUUGGAGAAGACCCGCUCACUGACCUCUCCUCUAUCUCUUCAGUCGGAGAAAUGGAGAGCACUCCAUCAUCAUCAGCAGCACCAUCAGGCUUCCUUCCCUCACAGCUCUUAGACCAAAACAUGAACGAUUUACAGUCCUCUCUACAUGGCUGGGCAGCUAACAGUGUUAGCCAUCCAUCUAUACCACAGCCAGCACAGAAAUCAAACAGCCUGAAUGUGAACACCAACAAGAUGCCUGCGAAAGAACCUGCAAAAAAUCCUAAAGACCUGACUGCUUGGUUCAAUCUUUUUGCUGACCUUGACCCGUUAUCCAAUCCUGAUGCUGUUGGGAAAACAGAUAAAGAACAUGAAUUGCUCAAUGCAUGAGUCUGCGGCCUAUGGUAACUCACACUGCUCCGUUCAUUAACACUAUCUUCGGGUUUAGAAGACUACAACGAAAUCAGUAUGCUGUUGUGAAACUAUAAAGUAUGUGCCAUUAUAAUAAAACUAAAGGGAUUUAACCCCCUUUUAUAUAGGUACAAUUAUUUGAUCUUGUUUUGUAUAAAGAGUUUGCAUUUAUUUUCUAUGUGGACUUACCAAAUGAGGUUAAAAUUUAGGACAGAAUUCUAGCCAUAUUAGGAUACCUGCUGAAACACUGUCAUUGCCUGAGAUGUGCGGAGCUAAUGCUAGAGUGAAAUAUAAAUUAUAAACCUAUUUUUUUAUAAUGUUUCUUGUGCAAAUCAAAAGAUCAUGUAAUGGGAGAGGCUGCAUGAGUCAAAUAAUGAUUGUAUUUGCCACUGCUAUGUUGAGAUGUAAAUUCAAUCUGUUUUGUUAGUAUCCAUAGUGAAAAAUCCAUGCUGAGGCUAAAUUAUUGAAGGAUUAUAUUGGGGUCUAUCAAGCUGCUGUAUUCAUGGUCUCUCUGAUUUAAAUUAUUAGACAAACUGCACUACACAAGACCAAAAAUAUUGCCCAGAGUGCAUCCUUCCUGAGUUUUUCAUUGUGCCAACAGGAUUUGUACAUGCAAAGCAGAAGUUGGGUGCCACUAUUGCUUACACACGCCUUGAAAGCAUUCAAGUUUUCUGUUGAGUAAUUUUUAUCAAACUGAUUUGAUAAGCAUGUGUUUCUUGAGCCUGUUGUGACACUAACUCUCCUUUAAUAAAAUGGUUUUGACAACAAAGAAAAAAAAA